CGGGGGGCCCGCCGGCCGGCCGCCGUCUCUGCUACUCCUCCCUUGGUGGUCCACUCUACGUCUCCUCCUAUCAUCUUAUAUAUCUUGUUCUAAACCUAGCUAUAUAUUGAACCCUAUAUAGAUAGCUUUCCUCCCUUAUUGCAUUUCUUGGUGACAAUAUUCUGAUUUGAGGUAUAGAAGAAAUCAACUCUCAUGCACCAUCGCCGCAUGUUUCCUACUGGAUUUCUGAUUCUCAUAAUCCCAACAGACAACUCCGGAUUACAAACAUAUCCCCAACGUUGAAUAAUCUUCGAGUAUAUGCAGUUUAUGCAAUCAAACAUGGAGCAACGGAGAAAUGAAGAGAAAUUAUUGAAGCAGCAGCAAGAUCAGCAACAGCCACCGUCGCGGCGGCUGAAGCCGGCAGAGAUGCAGAUGGCGGCAGCCCACAACCAGCACCAACCGCCACCUCCUCAGAAGUGCCCUCGGUGUGAUUCUUCCAACACCAAGUUUUGUUAUUACAACAAUUACAGCCUCUCGCAGCCGCGGUACUUUUGCAAGGGUUGCAGGAGGUACUGGACACAAGGCGGAACCCUAAGGAACGUCCCCGUAGGAGGCGGUUGCCGGAAAACGAAGAGGCCGAAACCCUCGAUCCCAUCGUCAUCCUCGAGUGAGAUCGCAAGAACUCAAUCUUUAUCACCCGCACUUCCCUCUCAAAAUUUGACGGGUAUGAUUUCGGGUUCAGCUUUAAGGGCGUUGCCCUCGGUCAUACCGUCAGUAGGUCACUCUAAUUUCUACACUGGUGGUGCGUUUAUGUCUUCUUUGGCCAGCAUGCAGUCUUUACCGGCCGGCAUCAAUCAAGGGGUUGCGUUGAAUUUGGGUGGCGGCGGCCAAUACGGUGUAAGUAUGGCGCUUUUGCAAGGGAUAAACGUCCUUCCCACUAUGAAACCACAGGAGCCACAACAGUUGUUGCAAAACGAUUUUUUCCAACCUCACCAAAGCUUGACUAUUCCGCCAAGGCCGUCUUUGAGUUCUUGGACUCAAGGUUUUCUCAGCAGAGGCACGGCCAGCUCUUCAACCGCAAGCCCCAGUUUCUGGAUGGGCACCGCCGCCGAUGGAGGC